AUGGCCCACUCUCAUCUUUGCAAGCUUGCUACUGCGAAUAAUAUCAUCAUGUCGCGGUUCGAUCACACCAGCUACUAUCAAUCGAACCUUGCCGCUUCACAUAACGCAUAUCCAUCCGGUUGGCAACCACCAUUCCAAGGACCUCCCCCCAUCCCAGCGGGCGCGAACAUCAACCCCCAGGUAUGGAAUACUGGACAAUGGAUGUUCAAUCCAGCGUAUCAGCAUCGCCAGCCCUCUCAGAUCCCAAACCAGACAGCAUGGAUGGCAGGUCACCAGUGGUCGGCCCACGCCGCAGCGCACGGACAGGCUGUUGCCCAAGCCCAAGCUCAAGGACAAUCACACAACCCUUACAAAAAACCUAUACGUCCCCCGAGUGCUGAAUAUCUUAGUCAGAAGUUGGUGGAUAAUCCAUUGGGUCUAUCUGACAUGACACCAAGGGAAGAACUCUACGGGACUGCCACCGAUGGCGCGCAGCCCCACACCCCAUGGAUCUGGAAUCCAAGAGGCUUGGUUGAGACGAAGGAAGAGGAAGGUAUCAUAACUGCCGAUUACAGAGAUUCCAACGGGCGUCGCAUCGCACAGGAGUCUCGAGGCCUUGCGCCAUCCCGACAAGGUUCCAUAAACGGCAGAAACGGGUCUGAUACGGCACGGUCCGCGUCUCCAGCGGCAAUGAGACACUCGACAGAUCCGUCGGUCUCUGGUCCUACUCAUCGACGGCACGAAUCAGCGACUCCUGCCAGACAUCAGUCUGAACCGCCCCAAAUAUACGCAAGUGCGAACGGUCAUAGCCUCACGCCGCAGCGACGUGGGUCCUCACAAGAGCGAGCACCAUCGCAUGCAGACCGAAUCAGGGAUGAACCGCAGCGGCGGAACUCUGAUGCCGGGAUAUCCAGCCGUAACCAGCCGCUAUAUCACGAAAGUUUCACGUCGCAUACAGAGCUGAAGCCCACUUUCCCCUCCUCCAUUGUUCGGACUCCAGGGCAUUACAGUCAUCCGCCAUCGCGAAGCAAUUCUACCCCAAUCUAUUCCAACAAUCCGUACGCGAGUGCGACGGGGGUUGCACAAGCCGCGCAACUUGCUGCUCAAAUAGAACGCAUGACCCUAGGAGGCUCAGGCAGGCCAGGAGGUGCGGAAUUAUCGCGUCAUUCGUCAUUGCCUACCUCAGCGUAUGGGUCUUCGACGCAAACGUCGCAUCACGCAUCCUCCUCCUCCUCAACAUCACUCUCUGAUGUCAACGCGCUCUCCGACGAGCCUACAGCUAUGCUCAGCCCUCUCAUGCUCGGCACCACGCCCAAGCCCAGCUCCCGCAGCCUAGGUCGCACUUCGUCCAUCCCGGGCGGAUCAGGUUCAUCCAGUCUAAGCUCAAUACCGGAAACAUCUUCACCUUUGAAUCCUAACAUAUAUUCUAGUACUAGCGGGCGAAAUAGUGCAUCCAGCAGUACCACCCAUUCUCCCAUUCGACAGUCACCAAGUAGUCGUCAGUCGUCAGGGUCCAGACGUACAUCGCCAGCCCCAACCCCUCCGCAGCGUUCACCAAGUGAUCCUCAAUUCAGCUAUCAAGCAUACUCUCAGCCAUCCUCGAGUUACCACACUCCGUACUCGUCGACUUCUCACCGCUCACCAUCUCGGCACUCAUAUGUCAGCCCAAGUCAUUCGCAGAACACCAGCCCUGAUCAUCAACCCCAAUCCGCACCCCAGCAGCAGCAAACCCGACCGCCCAACCCGCUGCCAGCUCCUCCGAUGGAAAUUCGGCCGCCACUCUCCAAUCCGUCGCCACGCAAGAAGACGCCUCCAGUUGGCUAUACUCGUCGUGUGCGUAAAGGCUUCUGGAACAGACGUGGGGACCAUCUCACUCGAAGCGGCUGCAUCGUCUACGCCCCUGCGGGCAGGACGUCUCCUGACGAAUUGCGCGGCUACCCCGAUCAGUACGAAGGUUACCGCGAUGAGUUCGGCACCUUUGCCGACUACGAUGGCAGCAGACCAGAGCUCCCCGAGUCUUUGCCUUAUCAUGGAAAGCCACCCUCGAGACCGUAUGACUCGUUUAUCGAGUACGACUAUCAGUAUCAAUAA